AUGUUAUCUUCGCAGAAAGCAAACAAAGGGGAUAGUGGAUUGAGCGACUAUCGAACCAGCAGCACUACUUGGAUUGACCCCUCCAAAGACUUGAGUGCUGCUGGUAAGGUGUGCAUGAAGAUCCGAGGAUGUGCAAAGCUCAUAACGGGAAUCGUAGAUUUUGAACGGCUUGCCACGUCAGAGCUCCAGCUGGUGAAAUACGACGUGGGCCAGGAGUACAAGGCUCAUUAUGACGGCCGCAUGCUGCCAGAUGGCACGCUUGAAGCUCGUGGGACUUUCCUUGUGUAUCUGAAUGAUGGCUUCGAGGGUGGAGAGACGUACUUUCCAAACGUAGGCAUCAAGGUGAAGCCAGAGAGAGGGAAAGCUAUUCUCUGGUAUACACAUUUGACAGAUCAAGGCAUUGAGGAUAGUAGCCUGAUGGCUUAUUCUUCUGACUAUCCCUCGUAUGCUGAGGCUGUGGCCUUCUGGGAGAAAUGUGGUGUGCUGCUGCAGAUGAAGCGUUAUUCUCCGAUCCCUGCAUCUGCAGAGUACCCUACGAUCGCUGAAAUCUUUAGCCUUUGGAGGAAUCGGGCUGCAAAGGUGCAGGAGCAGCGUCGUGCUCUGUUCUUCUCCCCAGCUCACUAUCCGGUUGUCGAUGAGGCGGACUCGUGGAGCACGUCUCAUGCGGACCAGGAAGAGCAUCAAGCUGAAGCACAGGUUGCAGAGGAGGCGGACUCGUGGAGCACGGAUUAUGAGGACCAAGAAGUGUUUCAAGCUGAAGCAGAGGUUGCAGAGGCGACGUACUUGCUGUUUAUGGCUGCAGAGGGCGAUGGCUCGGAGGAUGACUCGGAUCUGAGCAGCAUCUGCAGCACUGAUGCCAAGUUCUUCGGUUCUGAAACGUCCAAUACCAGCAGUGGCUUCAGCGACAGCAGCUGCAGCGGCCAGAGCUCCAAGGAGGAGCCUUCCACUGCCAUUGCUGUCAACAGCCUCUGCUGCCGUGACUACAGGCUCAACUGCGUCAAUGGCUGGAUCGAGUCGUUGCUGCUAAACCUUCUUCUGCUGCUGAGCUCUUCUCUAGUGAGCACGAAGGUGGUCUCUUCUUCGGAUCUUGCAUCAAGGAUGGGAGUGUUUGUGUCACUUUUGAGGAUUCUCUUAAGUGACGCAAGCACAGCUCAGGGCUUGGUUACGAGGCCGCCUGCAGCCAUUUGCAAGCUGCUACCGUCUCGGAUUCCCAAACCUGGCAGCACACGAGCAGCAGGAGCAGCGGUUUCUGUGGAGACAGCAACCUUGACUGAUUCUGUUGAAGGCUUCAAGGGUGGGGAUGGGUCAGCAGCAGCAGCGGAAAGCACGAUGCAGCAGGACCCGAUUGGAGGUGUGAUGUGUGGAGAAACGACAGAGGAGGGAUCAGAAGCACCACAAAGUGAGAGGAGGCAGGUUUUGGUUCAGCAGCAGCACAGAGUAGGAGGCAGGAGGGUCGGUUUGGAGGUGCGAGUUCCGGAAUGGGGAAAGUGGCGUCUAGAGCGUUGGUUUCUCUUCCUGCUGGAGCUCUCAGGGAAGGUUCAGCAUCAGCAGCACCAAGAAAGAAGCAGCAGGGAAGAGUUGCAGGGGUGGGAUCUGGAGCGAGGGGAGUAG